AUGGAGACGGAACAGGAACGCACUGGGUUUCAAACCCGCAACGAACCCCAUCCGGCCGAAUUGGUCGAGGGCGGUCACGUCAACCAGAAAGUGAGCAUUCGCGAGCUGAGAAACAGCAUCCCGCCGCAUUGCUUCCAGCCCUCGCUGCUCUGGUCCGCCCUCUACCUGCUUCGCGAUCUGGCUUACUCCGCCGUCCUGCUGGCCGCGCUGCAUCACCUCCUGCACACGGGGCUGGUGGCCAAGUCGCCGGCGCUGUACUACCUCGUCGUCACCACCUACGGCUUCUGCCAGGGCAUCGUCUGGACCGGGCUCUGGGUCAUUGCCCACGACUGCGGGCACAGCGCCUUUUCCAACUCGGCCUUGCUCAACGAUGUGGUCGGCUUCGUCCUUCACUCCAGCCUCCUGGCGCCGUACUUUUCCUGGAAGUCGACCCAUCGCCGUCACCACAUCUACGCCAACCACAUUGAAAAGGACCUGAAUUAUGUGCCGCCCAACCGACCCGAGUACGCCUCCAAGAUUGGCCAGGCCGUCGACACUCUGGAGCACGUAGGCCAGGAUUCGCCCCUGGUCCUGCUGCUGAGAAUCUUGCUUCAGCAGGCCAUCGGAUGGAACUGGUACAUUCUCUCCAACAUUACCUGUCCGCCUACUGCCGUCGUCAAGAAGGGCAUGUCGGCCUGGCGACAUAGCCAUUUCGACCCCUGGGGAGCCCUGUUUAGAGAAUCCGAGGUUUCGGCCAUUCUCUUGUCUGAUUUGGGAUGCCUGGGCACAGCCUAUGUCUUGUAUCAGUUGUAUCAAGUAUUUGGCUCGUUUGAGACCCUGUUUUGGGUCUACAUUGUUCCUUGGACCUGGGUCAAUCAUUGGAUAGUCAUGAUUACCUAUCUCCACCACACUCAUCCCGACUUGCCAAAAUACACUCCAGAAUCCUGGACUUUUGUUCGCGGCGCCACUGCCACCAUGGACCGCGACUUUGGUUUCAUCGGCACGCACUUUCUGCAUCACAUCUCGUCGGAUCACGUCACUCAUCACCUCUUUUCGUCCAUCCCCCACUACUACACUCGCCAGGCGAGCCAGGCCAUCAUUCCUAUGCUAGGCAACCACUACCAUGGGCGAGGUCGGUUCCGAUACGAGGAUCUUCAGAUUGCCUUCCGCCAAUGCCAGUGGGUGGAAGGCGAUGCGGAAAAGGACAGGAAGCUGGGCUUGUAUCAGGAUGAGCAAAAGGCGGAUGCGUGUCGUCGGGCCUUGUGGUAUCGCGGAGGUGUCAGCCCCAGCCCCGAGUAUAAGAUGAGGGGGGCGACUUUUCUGACGGGGAAGUUCUGA